AUGACCGCUUCAGUCUUUGGCAAUCAAACUAGAGUCAAUGUUUUAUUCCAUCAUCCAGAGUUGACCAGAUGCCUUGGUUAUGGGCUCUUACAGGCAAUAGCUUGCUUGAUGGACAUGAAUGCGUUGUUGGACAGAUUUCACAAUUACAUCUUACCGCAUCUGAGAGGGGAAGACCGAGUUUGUCACUGCAACUGUGGCAGGCAUCAUGUCCACUACGUUAUUCCGUAUGACGGGGAUCAGUCGGUGGUGGACUCCUCGGAGAAUUACUUUGUGACUGACAAUGUAACCAAGCAAGAGAUUGAUCUGAUGCUGGGACUUUUGCUGGGCUUUUGUAUAAGCUGGUUUCUGGUGUGGAUGGAUGGGGUUCUCCAUUACGCGGUGCGAGCCUGGAGAACAAGCCGACGGUAUGACAAUUCCUGGUCUUGGAUUCCAAAAUUUUGUAACUUAAAGGAGUUCAGAAAACGUCACCACAGGCAGUAUGAGGAGGCGACUGGGAACAUGGUGCACAUCAAACAGAAGCUGUACCAUAAUGGGCACCCAAGCCCACGGCACCUCUGAGGAAUGCCUUCCCCUCCAGAGACUGCAGUGAGGUUUUAAAAAGGACUUUGCUCUUCUUCCAGGGGAACAGCUACUAGUUUGCUCCUCCAUGGAAGCCAGCCGAGGACACAAUUUUACUUCCCCAUCCUGUGUGUCCCUGCGGCACACCAUGAUGCACAACUAAGCCAGUCCUGGAUGCUACGCAGCCAAGACAUUGCACUGUGUUCCACAUUUUAUUGUCAGACUUGUGUAUAUAUGUAAA